ACGACAAACAGUCGAUGAGAUUACAAACGUUUUUAUUCGGUCGUUGCUUAGCGAACAAAGUGGAGUUGAACGAUUAUUCAAUUUCAUUCCAUUACAAGUCCAUUACAAGCGACAUGACGAUCACCAAGAUCGAGUUCGCCGUUCCCAUGGUUUGCCAGUCGUGUGUUGACACUGUCAGCAAAGUUUUAAGUGGAGCAGAGGGGGUCAAGCAUUUUGAAGUUGACUUGAGCCAGGAAUGUGUGGUGGUUGAGAGCAGCUUACCUAUUCAUCAGUUGCACUCCCUGUUGGAAACGUCUGGCAAGCGUGUCAUUGUAACAGGAGUUGGUUCAAAGAAACUAGCCUCUGCUGUUGCUGUCUUUGGCUACCCUGUUGGCUUCUCAAAGGGGCAUGUUCAGGGUGUGGUGAGAUUCACAGAAGUGGAGGAUGAUUGCAUCAUUGAUGGAACCGUUGACGGGCUGAAACCAGGACUUCACGGUUUCCACAUCUAUUCCAGCGGUGACCUUAGCCGAGGCUGUGACAGCAUUGGGGAUCACUACAACCCUUACAAUGCACCACACGGUGGACCAGAUGACAACAUCAAAAACAGACACUUGGGAGAUUUGGGCAACAUUACGUCAGACGAAAGCGGAAGAGCCGCGUUUAGAAUCAUCGACAAAUACAUCAAAGUACACGAUAUAAUCGGACGCUCACUGGCUGUGACGGCCCAAGCAGAUGAUCUUGGCCGAGGAUCCAACGCCGAGUCGAAAGUGGACGGAAACGCCGGCGAAAGAAUCGGAUGCGGAAUAAUCGCCCGCUCGGCCGGCAUCCUGGAGAACACCAAGAGAAUCUGCUUGUGUACAGGCCGUACGUUAUGGGAUGAAAAUGGCUUAACGGCACAGGCAUCUACUGGCUCCGCUCAAACUACUCCGAAACUUAUGACAUGAACUUGAUCUUCGUUAUUAUCGUCUAUGAAAUAAUGUUUACAAAUUUGUUAAAUAAGGAAUUAAUACGAAUCACGUUC